UAGCAAACGUUAAGCAGGUUUGACAUAUUAUUUAUUAUACAUUUUAGUAUUACUAGCAUUAACAACAUUACAUAUUAAACUCAACUCCGGCUAAAUGUGCAGUGUGUAUGGCUAGUCUGAUUUAAUCAGGCUGUAUACACAUUUAAUUGGUACCAAUUCAUACACAAUCGAAUGCUUGCAAACAAAUGUAUGAAUGUAGCUAAAACAAUCUUGUCAUUCUCACGGGCUGUCAGAGAUGGAGCUAUUAAAUGACUGUGGUGGCAGCCAGCAUCACAUAGAAGAUGAAUAAGGGUGAUUGGGAAAACAGAUUGAAGAAGGUGGAACAACUAGCUCAGUCCUUCCAGCAGUGUCCUUUGACCUCAUGCUACAAACCUAGGCUGUCCCGGCCAUGGCAGCCAUCCUCCAUAUGGAAGCUCUUCCCUCGUCAAUGUAUGGCUAUCAACUUUGCACAGAGUUGCAGUGAGGACGUACACGUGUUUGCACUUGAGAAGGAACAGGCAAAGAUGGGUCAGAGGAUCUUCCUGGUCACCAGUUACAGUGAGCUAUGGCAUUACUACAGUACCUACAGGCAAUCUCUGAUGCAUUGCUAUGAGGUGAUCCCAGAGGGGGCAGUUUGCAAGCUAUAUUUUGACUUGGAGUUCCACAGGCCCUCCAAUAAGGGCUUUGAUGGGAAGUGCAUGGUGGCCUCCCUCAUCCAGUAUGUGUGUGAGAAGUUGGAGGAGGUGUAUGGGAUUGAGUGCUCUGGGAAAGAUGUUCUGAACCUUGACUCCAGCACAGAGGAAAAAUUCAGUCGCCAUCUCAUCUUCAUUUUACCAAAUGCAGCUUUUAAGGAUAACCUACAUGUCGGGCAAUUUAUCCAUUUGAUUCUGCAACCAGUGCUGAGCGUGAAUAGGAGGGGAAGUGAACUUGAGAAUGACAUGGGUGGAGUCACAGAGGACAGUGGCAAAAGGGGGCUGAUUGGAAGUCCACAGGCCAAGAGGCCCAGACAGGAAGAGAGGGACCUCAGCUUCCUGUUGGUGAAAAACAAGGACGGACAGGAUGGGCUUUUUGUUGACCUCGGUGUGUACACCAAGAACAGAAACUUCCGUCUCUACAAGUCAUCUAAGGUGGGGAAGAAUGUAGCCUUCACUGUCGCAGAGGACAACAGGUUCAUCACCAAGCCUAAAAGGAACGUCUCUGCAGAGGAGAGCUUGUUCCAGUCCUCCUUAAUCAGCAACGUAAGUUUCACCAGUCAGAAGAUUCUGACAUGGGACCUCCAUGACGAGAGGGACGGGAUAUGCCCCAAGCCUCAUGCUCAGCUGGGUUCGACUUCACACUGUGUUUCAGACUCUUUGGGAGGCUACCAGUGUUCUCCCCACAAAGAAGUGGACAACUUUGUUCUUUCUGUGGUGAAAAAGGAUGGCAUCCAAGGAAGCAUACGACGGUGGAAUUACUUUGUUUCAGAGCAGUUACUUGUCUACGACAUCCUAAAGUACCGCUGGUGUCAGAAUGUUCACCGGUGCCACAAAAGCAACAACAUCAUGAUUCUGGUGGAUCUUAAACAGGAGGUCUGGUACCAGAAGUGUCAUGACCCUGCUUGCAAGAGCUUCAGAUCUUCUAGUUACCCAUUACCACAGGACAUCUGCGUCAGCUACCUCAUAACAAUGGAUGAGGAGGACCAGGCAUAUCUGAUGGACGACGUGGGGAACAUCGAGCUCAGCCAGACACUCCCAGUGGAGAAGUACCUGGGGGGCUCGGCAGCAACACUUCCCCAGGAAGAAGACCGCGAUCCCUGGGGGGAUGACCAGGCUUACCUGGAGGCCCUGGAGGAUGUUGAGAGAAGCACAGGCGAUUUGGCAGAGGAUGAUGUCCCAGAUGAGCUUCUGCUCCAAACCAUGGCAGAGUUUGAGUCCCUCAAAGAUUUGUGCUUGUCGGCCACUAAGUGCUAAGUGCAUUUUCCUUCAAUUCUGUUCAUGGAGAGACAGGGUGACCAGGCUUUUGCUCCAGCUCAGGGGGAACCCACCCCAUUCAACUAUUCAAGGGCUUGAUGCUGAGUUGAAUUAGGUGUGUUGGUGCUGGGCUGGAACAAAAGCCUGCCAGUCUACGGGAGCAGAAUGGAAGAAGACUGCAUUAGAGGGAGGUUAUACUUGUUCAACAGUUCAUUUCUCAUUUGUAAUACAGGCUCCUGAGUGACGCAGUGGUCUAAGGCACUGCAUCUUAGUGCUAGAGGAGUCACUACAGACCCUGAUUCGAUUCCAGGCUGCAUCACAACCGGCCGCACAAUUUGCCCAUUGUCGUCCGGGUUAGGGUUUGUCAGUCAUUGUAAAUAAGAAUUUGUUCUUAACUGACUUGCCUGGUUAAAUAAAGGCUAAAUAAAAACAUUGAAAUUCAGUACAAUCCUCAAUUUAAAUUACUGGCUGUUAAUGCACUUUAUAAAACAGAGGUUUUUCCCAAUUACCUAGGCCUAUAGCAGGGGUCUCCAACAGGUCGAUCGCAAGGUGCCGAUAGCUCGCAGCCCACCUAUGAGUAGCUCGCCAAACAAUUCUGAAAGUACAUGCAAUUUAUGUGUUCCACUGCAAACGGUCAUAAACAAAUCUCACAAGUAUCAGACACUGCAAGCUCUCAGCUACUAUCUAGUCAAUGCCGCAUUGACAUUAUCAAACCCCUGGUCAGCCACUAUUGGAUUAAAAACCCAAACCUAACACAAUAUCUGCCAUAUUAAUUUCCAGUAAUAUUGCAUUUGUCUAUUACUCUGUGUAGCCAGAAAUACUUUUCCAAAACCUUUAUUUGCAAACUUUGCCAUGAAAUGAGCAGCAGCAGUACACAUUCCACAUAGAUAUGCAAUUAAAGGGUAAUUACACAUGGAUUUUUUUGUUUCCUCCAGAUUCAAGCAUUGCCAUGGACUCAGAACAUCCAAUUAUGUUUCUAUAUGAACAAUUGUAUUUGAGUGAAAAUGUAGCUCUCAUGGUAGAAAAUGUUGGACGCGUAAUAGUGACAAUACCACAAAUGUCUGGGAAUAUGCCAUUAAAAAGAGCAUCGUCAGCUGUGUAGUGCGCUGCACAAUAAAGCACCUUGCAUUGAAUGUCGGCCCUACUGAUUCUGAUAGCGUAGAAUUGUAUAUAGGAUGUUUCUGAUAACUGAACAUUAACCAACUCCUUACCUGUUUUCUGGUCCUGGAUUAUUUUCUGGGUGAUAUGACUGCGAACCAUUUCUGCAAAUUGAGUCACCAAGCAUGGAAGGAAGCUAAAGUAAUUCCACUGCCUAAAAAUAGUAAAGCACACUUUGCUGGCUCUAACAGCCGUCCAAUCAGUUUGCAGCCUGUUCUUAGUAAACUGAUGGAGAAAGUUGUGUUUGACCAAAUACAUUUUACAUACGCUCUUAUCCAGAGUGAGUGGAUACAUUUAUUUGUACUGGUCACCCGUGCAAACCGUACCGACAAUCCAGGCGUUGCAAGUGCCAUGCUCUACCAACUGAGCCACACAAGGUAAUUCUUCAGGCACUCAACUAGAUGAGUUGGAGCUGUAUUGUUAGAUUUCAGUGUAGCCUUUGAUCUUAAAUUGUUAUUGAAGAGACUAACUUGCUAUGACUUUACGUAACCUGCAAUCACAUGGUUGGAUAGUUAUUUAGCCAAUAGAACCCAGUGUCAAAUGGACGUUUCUCUAACAUCAGAUAUGUAAAGUGCAGUGUCCCCCAGGGCAAUUGCCUUUGUUCGUUAGCCUCUAUUUUUACAAAUGAUUUGCCACAGGUCGUACACGAAACUAAAAUGACUAUGUAUGUGGAUGAUUCCACACUUAACAUGUCAGCACCCAAAAGCCAGUGAGCUCACUGAAAUUCUAAAUAAAGAUUUAGUAUCAGAAUGGGUGGUUAAUAAUAAAGUCUUAAAUACAUAAAACUAAAAGCAUUUUAUUUGCUUCAAAACAGUAAGACCUAAACCUCAACUGGAGUUGUGCAUAAAGGGUGUGACCACUGAGUAGGUUGAGGAAGCAAACUCCUAGGUAUAACAUUGGAUGGUCAAUUAUCAAGUCAUGAAGAUGGGGAAAUGGUGUAUACAACAAUCAACUGUACAAGUUGUUAAGGCUUGUCCCACCUUGAUUACUGUCCAUCCGGUAAUAUGGUAGUGUGGCAAAGACCUAGCAAAGCUGCAGUUGGCUCAAAACACAGCAGCCCAUACAUAAGAUGCACACCAGUCUAACCUGGGUGAGGGUUCAUGAUAGAUGAACUGCUUCUCUUCUAGUUUGAGAAAUAUUACUGCAAAUGAAAAUUCCAGGAUUGUAUGCAUUAUCAAAUAGCAUUUAGCUUAGACACCUAUACAUAUCCCACAAGACAUGCCACCAGGGGUCUCUUCACAGUCCCGAAGUCCAAAACGAAUUCACAGCAACGCACAUUAUACAGAGCCAUGAAUGUAUGGAACUCCUAGUUACAAUUACUUAAGCAAAUAUCAAAAUUACAUUUUGGAAACAGAUUAAACAUCUCAUGGAGCAGAGGGAACUAUGAGGCAACAACAUUUUUUUAGAUGCAUUGUUCGUAUAUUGUAUUUUUUUAUUUUGUGACUGUCCUUGUCUAUCAGUGUUUAUUGUGGACCCCAGGAAGAGUAGCAGAUGCUUCUGAAAACGCUAAUGGGAAUCUAAAUAAACAAAUAAUUAAUAAAG